ACAUUGUUCUGUCUACCGACAUCCUCUAUGAUCAACUGUUAUCUGUCGAGUCCGUUGUUGUUAUAAAAUAAUUGCGGUUUAUGCUGUGAGGUUUAUAAUCAGUAAAUUACAAUCGUCUUAAUUUAUACUUAAAGUGAUUGUGGCAGAAAAGUAUAACAAUAAAAAUGAUGCAACCUCAGAUACUUCUACUUAAAGAAGGAACGGAUAGUUCUCAAGGGAAACCACAGUUAAUUUCGAAUAUAAACGCUUGUCAGUCAGUUGUUGACGCAGUAAGAACUACUUUGGGGCCCAGGGGAAUGGAUAAGCUUAUUGUUGACAGUAACGGUAAAGCCACAAUAUCGAACGAUGGUGCUACAAUAAUGAAGCUCUUGGACAUCAUUCAUCCAGCUGCAAAGACACUGGUUGAUAUAGCAAAGUCGCAAGAUGCAGAGGUAGGUGAUGGUACCACAAGUGUUGUUCUCUUGGCUGGAGAAUUCUUAAAGCAGAUUAAGCCGUUUGUGGAUGAAGGAGUUCAUCCUAGAAUAAUUAUAAAGGCAGUGGGUACAUCUUUACAAAUAUGUUUGGAUAAAAUUAACGAACUUGCUAUAAAAAUAAACAAAUCUAACGCCGCCGAGUUUAAGUCGUUACUAGAGAAGUGUGCAUCAACAGCAAUGAGUUCAAAACUUAUCCAUCAACAAAAGGAUUUCUUUUCGAAAAUGGUGGUGAAUGCAGUAUUGCUUCUGGACGAUUUAUUGCCAUUAAAUAUGAUUGGAAUUAAGAAGGUACAGGGUGGUGCUCUGGAGGACUCUUUGCUUGUUGCUGGUGUUGCCUUUAAAAAAACCUUUUCUUAUGCCGGUUUUGAAAUGCAACCAAAGAUAUACAGGAAAUGUAAGAUUGCUCUGCUGAAUAUUGAACUGGAGUUGAAGGCAGAGCGAGACAAUGCUGAAAUACGCGUGGACAAUGUCAGGGAAUAUCAAAAGAUAGUCGACGCCGAAUGGAACAUAUUAUAUGACAAAUUGGAAAAGAUUUGCAAGUCUGGUGCACAAGUUGUCUUGUCCAAACUUCCGAUAGGAGACGUAGCAACUCAGUAUUUUGCAGACAGGGACAUGUUUUGUGCUGGACGCGUUCCCGAAGAAGAUCUGCGACGUACGAUGAAAGCUUGCGGUGGUGCCGUUAUGACCACUGUCAACGACCUCAGCGAUAACGUUUUGGGAAAUUGUGACUUGUUCGAGGAGCGCCAAAUUGGCGGGGAGCGCUAUAACUUGUUCCAAGGUUGUCCUAAUGCGAAAACGUGCACCAUUGUACUUCGCGGAGGUGCCGAACAAUUUCUUGAAGAGACAGAACGAUCGCUGCAUGAUGCCAUCAUGAUCGUUAGAAGAACAAUAAAAAAUGAUGCCGUGGUAGCCGGUGGGGGUGCAAUUGAAAUGGAAUUAUCGCGCAUUUUACGAGAUUAUUCGCGCACGAUACCCGGAAAAGAGCAACUGCUGAUCGGAGCCAUAGCAAAGGCAUUGGAAGUGAUACCCCGACAAUUGUGCGACAACGCCGGUUUCGAUGCGACUAACAUAUUGAAUAAGUUACGUCAAAAACAUUCCCAGGGGCACCGUUGGUAUGGAGUGGACAUAAAUCGCGAAGAUAUAAGCGACAAUUAUGAUGCAUGCAUUUGGGAACCGGCCAUUAUAAAGGUAAACGCAUUAACUGCUGCAUCUGAAGCCACCUGCCUUAUCUUGUCUGUCGACGAAACGAUCAAGAACCAAAAAUCGGGCGGUGACGGUCCCGCCGCGGGUCCUAUGGGCAGGGGCAUGGGCAGGCCUAUGUGAAUGGUUGAAAUAUGUUAUUUACUUCAAACCAAUAAUUACAUUAACUGUAAUCCUACAGAGGGAAAUAAAAGUUACCUGUUCGUAGGACUAUCUAUACUAAUACUAUUAUGUUCUCCUUCAAAUAUUCAUUUAACAUUGUCGUUGUCGUGUUAUUUUGCAUUUAAAUAUGUACGUAGUACCCAUGAUCUUAAUAUGAUACAUAUUUUUUUUUUUGUAUGCUUUCGUAUAAUAAAAACUUCUGACUAAUUAAUAAAUUUAA